CCUGUCACCUACACCACCUCACCCACAUCCACCAAUUCCAACGAAUUACUGCAACCGCACCACAACACACAGCUAAAUUCCACACACACAUCUAAAUCAACAUGUUCAGGAGAGUCGCAGCCGCAGUGCCCUCGCAGGCCGGAAGAGUGCUUUCCACAGUCGCCAGGCCGAACAUCGCAUCGCCUAUCCGCACCGCAGCACCCACACUGGCAUCUGCAGGAAGGCGGCAAUACCAUGAGAAAGUGCUCGACCACUACAACAGCCCGCGCAACGUGGGCUCCAUGUCCAAAGCCGACAACGACGUCGGUACAGGCCUCGUCGGUGCCCCGGCGUGCGGCGACGUCAUGAAGCUCCAGAUCCGCGUCGAUCCCAACAGCAACACCAUCAGCGACGUCAAAUUCAAGACGUUUGGCUGCGGUAGUGCGAUUGCGAGCUCGAGCUAUUUGACCGAGUUGGUCCGCGGAAUGACGCUGGAGGAUGCCGCGAGGAUCAAGAACACCGAGAUUGCGAAGGAGCUUUGCUUGCCGCCUGUCAAGUUGCAUUGCUCCAUGCUUGCGGAGGAUGCGAUCAAAUCCGCCAUCUCGAAUUACUACACCAAGAACCCCAACGCACGCGCAACGGAUCUCGGCGGCAAGUCUGCGCCGCUGCCAAAGGUUGAGGUCGAGACUGUGUCGAGCGCGUCAGCAUAGAGAAUGACUGGGGAUGUAAAUUGAUGACAUGAGGAAUAAAAGAGACGACGAUUUGAGGAUUAGACGAGGCUUUAUCUGAUAUCAGCAACGGUAUAGUCUGUCGCUUCUUCUCAGUAUUUCCAGACGUUGUGCUUGCAGGCGUUUGAGCGGGGUUUUUGAUGCUGGGUUGCAGAAGGCAUGAGGUAGGAGACCAGACUGUCUACAGAUACCAAAACGUACCUACCUAGCAACAAAAUCGAAACAAAAUCAAAACAAUCAAGU